AACAAGAAGGAAGAACCAGCGUAUGGUACAGACGCGCUAAGACUUUGGGUUGCAUCGUCGGAAUACGUCAAAGAUAUAAACAUCGGAAACACCGUAAUGAAGUCAGUAAGAAGGUACAGAAAUACCGCAAGAUUUAUGUUAGGAAAUUUGAAUGGCUUUAAUUAUGAUAAGUUGGUGGAAUAUGGGGACCUCAAAUUGGUUGACAAAUAUGCUUUGUAUGAGCUUUACCAAUUCGGGAAGGCCGUUAAUUCUGGAUACGAAGAUUUUGCAUUUAAUCGAGGCGAUUCCCUUAUUUUCCCGCCGACUUCACAACUCACUUCGAAUCUUCAUAUAACAGUUGUCCAAACCUUGAAUAACUUCUCAAGCGUGACACUGUCGGCAUUCUAUUUCGACAUGGUGAAAGAUCGGCUUUAUGCAGAUCACGUAGAUAGCUUGAGCAGGAGAAGUGUUCAAUCAGUUCUAUACCAUGUAGCUCCGAUAGUACCGCAUCUCGCCGAAGAGAUAUACGAAAAUUACAAAACCAUUGAACCGGAAAGAUACGAUACUUUAUUCAAAUCGGGGUGGUAUGAUCUAGACGAACGGUGGAAUGAUCCAUCGAUCUCAGAGGAAUGGACAGUUCUGAAAAACUUGAGGUCUGAAGUCAACAAAUUGUUGGAAGUGGCGAGGAGUAAAAAGUAUAUGGAAGACGAUGUUAAUAAGUUAUCUGAAUUUUAG